ACCAGAACCUGACAACACAAACACCCAACAACAACAAAUAUACCCACAACCCAUAUACCUAACAACACAAACAAUAGAGUGUCCAUUCCGCAACAAAAUCCACGUCUCAAGACCAUCGUAAAUGGCGCCUCCCACCCAUUCCCGUUCCGCGAUCGCUACAACGCUCACCGCCCUUCUUCCGUCCGACCUUGCGAUCUCACUCUACCACAUAGCGACUUCCCCCUGCAAAACCAAACCUCUGUUUACGCCCGCACCCAACAAGAAGCCAUCGCCCACAACGCUCGAAUCGCACUUCAUCGCAAUCUCGCACGACGACGUGCUCGCCUUCGCGAUCGAGCUGCUAGUCUACACCCUCGUGCAAACCGGCGAGCGGAUAAUCUUCGUAUCCAAAGCCGACAGCAGUGGCUACCUCCCGCCGUCCGCAGCGUCGUACAGCACCUCCAGCUCCUCCGAAGCGCGCAUAUCGCUCGUCCGCAGCGUCGCCGAAACGGCAGUGCGCAUCGUCCUCGACGGCGCAAAGGCGGCAAACCCGGAGGCUAAAAUCACCGUUUCUCUCUUCGCUAGAAGCCAGUCCGCAUACCUGUUCCCAAACUCGUUCGAGAAUAAGAAUAAACAUGUCCUUGAGGAUAGGGGGCUGAUCGCGUGGUGGUGUCGUGUGCUCGAUCCCGUGUUUCGGCAACACUCGGCCGCCGCCGCCGCCGCCAUGACCGGUGGUGCGAAGGCGUACCUGCUUGUCCCGGGUUUUGACCGACUACAGACAAAGAAGCUGUUCCCAGCACACGUCGACGGUGAUACGGCGGAGUGGAUCGUCGGCCACCCCCUCAAGAUCGAUCCCGAGCGCGACCUGCUCGUCCGCGAGAUCAUCCCGCAUUUUCCGGACGAUCCCAAGGCUCGGUUUCUGGACGAGCUUAAUGGCGACGGAACUGGGAAGAAGAAUGCCAAGUGCACGCAGCGCCCGAAGCAGUGGGCUGGGAUCACGACGGUCGAGCACUUCUGGGACCUCAUGAGCAUGCGCUCAGAGUGUGCGGGCGGACGGUGUGUGGGGUUUAUAUGGGUUGUUAUAGAGGGCGAUGGGAGUGUGCGGAAGACAAGUUCACCGACGGAGCCAGAGAUUCCGCUGAGUCCGCUUGAGUUGGGGAGAGAGACAUCACCGGUUUCGAGUUCAUCCCCAGUCACACCUUCACCUCCAUCUGUCCAGCAAAUCGACUCCGACAGUUCGAACUCCCCACCACAGCCCACCGCAUCCCCGCCGCCAUCCGGACCGCUCUCACCGCCACCACUAAUAAUCCCCCCGCUCUCAUCCUCGACCUCGACCUCCCCCAAAUCGCCCAAGAAGCGCAGCCACAGCACGCUCCUUAUGUCGCCGCGCAAGAAGAAGCUGCGCACGCUCGAUACGGAGAUCUUGCAGCGCAAGCAGCCACUCGUCAGCUCGGCGGUGGUGCUGGACGAGAAGCGGUACCAGCGCACGAUCGAUGCGCUGCUGAACCAUACCGACUUUAAGACGCUCGAGCACGCCAAAGCUGGGACUAGGAAGUGGGUCCAGAGCUCGUAUGCCGUCGUGAAGAGUAGUAAUGUCAUCAUUCGCGACGGAUGGGAUUGGGGCGAGGUCGUCACGGGUAGCCUCCAGAGGGUGCAGAGGGAACGACCGAUGGAGUCGGUCAGGGCCGGGGUCAAUGUGCUGGCUGUUAGGAAGAGGGAGACCGCGGCGCCGGCCGUAAAUACGCUGCUUCCGAGGAAGAGGGAGAAUAAAACUGCUCCCGUCGUCAACACUUUACAGCCGCGGAAGAAGGAGGCUGCCGUGGUCAACACUCUGGUGCCGAGGAAGAAGGAGGCGGCGCCGGUGGUGAAUGUACUCGCUGCCGGACUGGUUAGAAAGAAGGAGAAGCCUCAAGAGAACGGCGAAGAGCCAAAGGCCAACGUAUUGGCCGGUGACCUAGUGAAGAAGGAGGUGGAGGAGGAGAAACCAGUGGUGGAGAAGAAGAAACCAGUGGUGGAGAAGGAGACACCAGUGGAAGCCGAAAAGUAAGGCGCAUAUGGGGAUUAUUUUUUUGCUUGCUGUUUUGCUGUUUUGCUGUCUUGCUGUUACCCUUUGCGAUUUAUUUUAUAGGAAUGCAGCGUGGAAUUAGAUGAGUGUAUGAUAGUUAGACCACGAUUUACGAAAUGGAUUGCAGCGGUUUGUAAAAUAGAC